AUGCAACUUCCGCACAUCGACGGCUCUUUUUUUUUUCAUUGCCCCUCAUUUUAUUCCUGCGCCUCUUCACUGUUGUUGCGGUGGGGCUUUGUUUCCUUCGUUUAUUUCCUUUUUUUUUUCUUGCUUUCUGUUCUUUGUUGUUUGACGGCUUCCGUCCUCGCAGGGUAUUUUCGCUCGUCCUCGUCGCUGGGCUCGCAAUGGGGGGCCGGCAAAGCACACCAGUGCCCGCGGAGGUGGCGCAGGCGGCGGCAAACGACACGAGCAACUGGGGGGUGCCGCCUGAAGACAUUCCGGAGGAUGAGAAGGACAUGGAGGAGCUUGUGCUGCAGACGUGGGCCUUCUGCAAGGCCAAGCCCUCUCCCGCCCAGGCCUAUCGUAGUGAUGUGGAGGAGCGCAGGCGGCGCAUCUCUGUUGCGUGGCGGAAGCGUGCCAGUUUCCUCGAGCUCGACUGCGGGGAGGACAGCUUCUUCGUGGCCAACACGUACAAAGUCAUCGGCGUGGCGGACGGCGUUGGUGGCUGGCGCGAUGAGGGGGUGGACCCGGCGCUCUUUUCCAACUCCCUGA